CGAACCGUCCAGCACUUAUCCUCUCCGGGCGUGCAUUUCACGGCGUGCUUCGGCGCGUGAAGACUUCCUACUCUCACCUGGAAGUUCACAGCUGCAUAGCCACCUGGCUAUCUCCCACCGACGAAAACCUCGAAUCGAAAAAACACCUCGACCCAACAAACGCGAAUUCGAAGGCAAUAGACAAUCGCAGAUCCGCCAUGAACCCCCAUCCUCGGUUGCAGAACCUACGAUCCACUGCCCAACUCCUCAGAGAAGCUGCCUCUUCUUUCUCUGCCAAUAUCGUCACCUUCCUUUUCCUUUCUCUUCUCAUCUUAUCCUUCCGUACCGUCGUUGAGAACGGCACUAGCCAUGUCACCUCUUUCAUCGACCGCGAUCCCUCCCUCAAAGCCCUCCUCUCUCGCCUUGACCUUGCCGGCAAUACCAACUCCAAUCGCUUCCGAUCUCCCGAAGAUCCUUCUUCUGCGGCCUUUCACCGCCACCGUCGUCGCCCUUUUCUCCAUCUGACCCGCGUCGGAACUCUGGAUGAUGACUUCUUCUCCAGCGAUGAUGACGAUGGUCGCUCCUUAUUCGGGCCCAACAAGAAAUCGUCCGUCAACAGCAGUUUUGUGGUUUUUGGGUCGUUUAACUUGAAAUCAGGGUUCUCGGAUCUUGUUAUUGAUAAUGGGAUUAGGGUUUCGGAAGUGGUUCGCUCUGGAAUCACCUUCAAAGCAGAAGGUUUAUCAUUUGCAGACGAUAAAGAUAUUGAUAACGACAAAGAAGCAGAAAACGAAAAGGUUGAAUUGGCAACAGGCCAGGAAGUCGAUAGAGCUGUCGAUUUGCAGUUCUUUAUGAAGGGAUUAGAAAUCGGUCGUCGUGAUGCUGCGACGCUGUUUUUUCUUGUGAGUUUUCUAUCUGCGGCUUACGGAUGGGUGAUUUUAGUUUUUCUUGUUACAUAUUCAUGGGUCUUGGGCGUCGUUUUCAUUGCUGUUGUUAACGAUCUAUUGGGGAGGUUUGGUUCGAUUGCUGGUAUGAUUUGGGAUGGUUCCAGACUGGGACUUAAGAGGCUUUCGGGUUUCAUUCUGAUGAGGUGGGCCGUCAGGGACGCCUUGACUCAGCUUGUUGGACUCUGGUACUUUGGUGAAAUCGAAGAUCAGUAUUCUUUUUUCAAGCUGUUUGUCAGAUUGAAAUUGAUGCCGUUCUCAGUCAUGUCUCCGUGGAUUCGAGGCUUUGAGAAGGAGAUUUCCGGGUUCUUGUUCACUUGGUUUCUACUUGAUACGUUUGUGGCAUUCAUAUUUUCUGUUGAUGCCUGGGUUUCUAUUGUGGACUCUAGGAGGAGUGGUAGAGAAAUUGUGAAGGAAGGUUGUUAUUUGAUAUCUACAAUGUUGAACCAAGCUAUCCAAAUUAAAUGCUUGGAAGCUAUAUGUUGUGGAUCAUUCGCGAGAUGGGUUUUAGCCCGAGUUUGUGGAAGAUCUUUUGCCAAGAUGUUUCAGUCGACGAUGGAGGUCUACUUCAUGGUUGCUUGGCUGGUGUUUUACUUUGCCGCCAGGUGUAAGGAUGCCAAUCUACAGGGUAGGAGGUUUGGGCAGAGAGAGUUGGAAGGCUUGCUUGAAGGUCAUAGAUGAUACAUGAUGGUGACUGGAUCCCGAUUUUUCUUGCUGGCUUUAACUGCCAUAUUUAACUCGCUGCAAUCCCUCACUUGUUAAUGUUUCUCAAUUUUGCAGCUUUGUCGGCCAUCAUUGCCAGUAUAUGAUUUUGUCACCAGCUAUGUAGUUUAUGUACUUUACAAGGAGGCCAAUAUACUAGUUGUGUAUAUUCCGAACGAGAAUACAUCAUGUGUAUAUUGUUCAUGCAAUGAUUUAAUUGGUUCAACCAAUUCUUGUUGGUGAUUAUAAUCCAUCACGCAUUUUGAAAUGAGAGAAUGUAAUUCUCAAUGUGGCAAGGAGUUAUCUUUCAACUGUCGCUAUAGCAUCAUUAGGGCUUCUGUGGUUAUAUUGUAUUUUAAUGGGGACAAUUUAUGGCAAUUAUUGACUUAAUCUGCAGCCACAAGAAUGGGGAAAACACAUUAAUCUGCGUGUGUUGUGAGUUAUGCAUUUUCUCAAUGGACCACGGAGCAAUGACAUUUCAUUUGGUAUGCAUGAUUACUUCCUUGCUGCAUCCGUAGGCUUGCCUUGCAGACAAGUUUUGCAUUGUGGGGAGUCACUUGUGCACGGUUUUGGCUGAAAGAAGACAUUUAGGACAAUUUCAUGCAUGUUGAAGAGCAGAGUUUGAUUCCACAAGUCUAAUGUUCAGUGGUCAGGGAUGAGAUCUUUUCUUCAGGGUAUUAAUUUCGGAACGAUUGGUGAUUUGAUGGCUGCUUGAGUUUAAAAUUCAUUAUUCGUUUUCUAGAACUGAGGAAUCCGGGUUUAUUGCUUGUUUGUAUGUCCUUUUGAAAGCGUUCUGGAUGAGAUUGGUGACCACUGCUCAAGAUGCAAA